CUUCAUGGGAACUAUAGGCUAUUCAAUCAAUUUUAAAGUACUAGCAUUAUACUCUGAUAUGAUAGGAGCUUACCAACAACCACUUAAUUCUAAUCAUAUUCCAAAUAAAGAAAUAUUUGAUAAUACUCUUUUACAAGCUAUUCUUUGGCUAAGUAUACACAACUCCUACUUAAAUAGCUACACAACUAUUUUACAUCAAAAACUUGCAAAAACUUGA